AUCCCAGCAUGCACCGGGGAGUAGGUCCGGCCUUUCGGGCGGUGAGGAAGAUGGCGGCCUCCUGGGCGGACCAGCAGGUCCUGGUACAAUACUUGGUGUUACGAAAGGAUCUAUCACAGGCUCCGUUCUCUUGGCCGGCGGGCGCAUUGGUAGCGCAGGCUUGUCACGCGGCCACCGCGGCCUUGCACAUUCAUCGCGACCACCCGCACACCGCCGCCUACCUCCAGAAGUUGGGGGGCAUGCGCAAAGUUGUGCUCGAGGCCCCAGAUGAGACCACCCUGAAGGAGCUGGCUGAGACCUUACAACAGAAGAGCAUUGACCACAUGCUGUGGGUUGAACAGCCAGAGAAUAUUGCCACUUGCAUUGCGCUCCGGCCCUACCCCAAGGAAGAAGUGAACCAGUACUUGAAGAAGUUCCGAUUGUUCAGAUAACUACUGCCUUGAUAUAGUUGUAUAUCAGCAGGAUCCAGAAACAGCAUGCCAUUGAGCCCUCAGCAUCUUGUACUCCUUUCAGUGUCAGCUUGCUCCUCCCCGUCGGUUGUAAUUGGCUUCUUGGGGGUCAAACACAUGUUCAUAUUAAAGUUGUCAUUA